AUGACUGCCUUUUGCAUGAUGAAACUUUUAUGUCAAGCAACCAGAAAUGAGAAUAGAUAUGCAAAAAGAUUCCUUGGUACUCUUCUGACACAAACACCACAAAAGAGGGUCUUUUCUCCAUUCUGGAUGGUGGUACCUGACCCUAGAAAGUCAACUGUGUUUGGACUUGCUCAACCAUUUUGUACAGCUGAAAAAUCUCACACAGAACCAAAAAGGAAAGCAGCAUUUGGAAGUGUUGGGCGAAGAAUUCCCUAUCGGAUUGUGCACGUAAUCAGCCAGGAUGGAGAGAGCUUAGGAAAUAUGCACCGAGCAGAGGCACUCAAACUUAUGGAUCAACAUGACCUGAAACUAGUUCUCCUUCGUGAGAAUGCAGAACCUCCUGUAUACAGACUAAUGACUGGGCAGCAGAUUCAUGAAGAACAGCUUAAACGUGCAGAGAUGAAAAAAGCAAGUCCAAAACCAGGGAUGGUUCAGAAGGAGUUAUCCUUUUCUUCAGCUAUUGCCAAGAACGACUUAGAGACCAAGACUAAACAGAUAGCACAGUGGAUUGAAAAGAAAUACCAUGUUAAAGUUACCAUCCGGCAAGCAAAAGAUAGCAAUACAGACAUGUUCAUGCUUUUUGAUCAGAUUUUGGAGACUAUGUCAGAGAAAGCCACUUAUCUUUCCAAGCCGAAAGUUACUAGAGAAGGAGCAAGUACCUGUAUUUUGAGACACAUGUCUGACAAAGAGUUGAAAGCAUACCAGAAGAUGGAAAAACAGAAAAACAGUACAGUAAAGAAAGAAGAAAAUGAAGAUCUGAAGUCAAAUGAGUCGCAUCAGUGACUUUAUGAAGAGGUGUAAACAAUAUUAAUGUCUUAUUUAAAAAAAAACAAACUAUAAACUUAAUAAAGUUAUGGUUGAGCUUUGCACUGGUCAUUCC